AGCGGCGAGCGGCGGCGCUAGGACCCGGCGGGCCUGGGCUGCGGCGGGGCCUGGGCGGCCAGAGUGGCGCGGACCCCGGCUCUUGGCUCCCGGCGCCAUGUGAGGGGGCUCGGGGGUCGCGGGGAGCCGGGCGCUCCCCGGGGGAGACCCACUCACUCUUGGCAACCGCGCCUGGAGAUCCCGGUCCCCGCGCCCAAGGGCUGUCGCGGGAUUCGCGGGGCCUCCUGCCGCUGACUACCCCAUCAGAGCUCGGGGACCCUGCCGCCGUCCUGCCUCCCUUCUCUUCCCAGCUGAGGCUAGAGCUCCGUACCCCCCGAGUGCUGGAGUUGGGGGGUUCAGCGCAAGCGGGGCACAGAGGAUGAGGAAACUGAGGCUCAGAGAGGUCACAUGGCUUGCCCGAGGCCCCUCAGCCAGUAAGUGGUGGAACCGGGAUUCGCACUUGAACAUGAGAUGCUGUUCUGACCAUGGUCUUCUCAGAGCAGGAUUGUGACGGGCCUGACCAGGGGGACAGUGGUCCUGGCUGAGGGCACUGCUCAGGCAAAGGUGUGACCCCACACCCCUACCCCCUGGGCCACCUGCAGGACGCUGGCCCCUGCCCCUCAGCAGACGCCGGAGAGAGAUGAGUAGCAACAAAGAGCAGCGGUCAGCAGUGUUCGUGAUCCUCUUUGCCCUCAUCACCAUCCUCAUCCUCUACAGCUCCAGCAGUGCCAAUGAAGUCUUUCAUUAUGGCUCCCUGCGGGGCCGUACCCGCCGGCCAGUCAACCUCAAGAAGUGGAGCAUCACCGAUGGCUACAUCCCCAUUCUCGGCAACAAGACUCUGCCCUCCCGGUGCCACCAGUGUGUGAUUGUCACCAGCUCCAGCCACCUGCUGGGCACCAAGCUGGGCCCUGAGAUCGAGCGGGCCGAGUGCACAAUCCGCAUGAAUGACGCACCCACCACGGGCUACUCAGCCGAUGUGGGCAACAAGACCACCUUCCGCGUAGUGGCCCAUUCCAGCGUAUUCCGUGUGCUGCGGAGGCCCCAGGAGUUCGUCAACCGGACCCCUGAAACCGUGUUCAUCUUCUGGGGUCCCCCCAACAAGAUGCAGAAGCCCCAGGGCAGCCUCGUGCGCGUCAUCCAGCGGGCAGGCCUGGUGUUCCCCAAUAUGGAGGCUUACGCCGUCUCUCUUGGCCGCAUGCGCCAGUUUGAUGACCUCUUCCGGAGUGAGACAGGCAAGGACAGGGAAAAGUCCCACUCGUGGUUGAGCACAGGCUGGUUCACCAUGGUGAUUGCGGUGGAGUUGUGUGACCAUGUGCACGUCUAUGGCAUGGUCCCCCCCGACUACUGCAGCGGCCCCGCCUGCAGCGCAUGCCCUACCACUACUAUGAGCCCAAGGGGCCGGACGAGUGUGUCACCUACAUCCAGAAUGAGCACAGCCGCAAGGGCAACCACCACCGCUUCAUCACGGAAAAGAGGGUCUUCUCGUCCUGGGCCCAGCUGUACGGAAUCACCUUCUCCCACCCCUCCUGGACCUAGGCCACCCUGCCUGUGGGACUCUCACCAGGGACACAGGAGAAGUGGAUCUCCGCUCAGCCGCUCGACCAAGGGCCAUCGUCUGGCUAAUCAAGGCUGGUCAGAGUGUCUUCUGGCCAUUCCGGCCUUGAAGAGGAUAUAAUCUCCAGCCAUUCAGGGCCUGGGGGUAUCUCUUGGCCAAUCAGGGAUAUGGGCUUCUAUGUGGUUAAUCGGGUGUCAAGGGUAUUUCUUGUCCAGUCAGGGUCUGAGCAUAGUCAAUCAGGGUAUUUCUGAGUAAUCCGAGGCUAAUGUCGUGUCCUUUCCCAUGAGGCCUUGGUUCAGAGUCCCAGGAUGGACACUAAAUCACUUCCUAUUGGUUGGGACAGUGCGGUCCUGUCCCAAGGAGCUGGGAACUCGUGUCGCCCCCUCACUCCCCAGAACCAGAAAGAGGUUGUGUGGCGGUGGAAGCUGUCUGGAGCCCAGGCAGGGGCAUCUGUGGGGUUCGGGGGGUUCCAGGCGUGGGAGGCUGGUGUCCGGGUCUUGGCUCUGCCCUGAGUGGCCUUGGACAGACCCCUUGCCCCCUGUCUGGGCAUCCUUCUGCCUGUGUCAGGUUCUAGAGUCUGAGAACCCUCCCACCUCCCCCAACGACCACCUUGGGUCUGUCCUCCGUCAAGAUUGGACCCCUCCAGCCACCACCCCUUGCCGGGGAGCUCCGCUCUCUGAGGGUCUGGGGUUCCCUUCCCCACCUCCUCCUGGAAACUUGAGGAUAUUUUUGCGCAAACUCUCCCAGGCUUUGGGGGACUCUGAAAAGAAGGGACAAGCCUUCAGCUGUUCUCUUAGCCCUUCCGCCCAGCUGCCAUUAGCGUGGCUCUUAAAGAGCCAGGCCCCCUUUUCUGCCAUCCAGCAGUGAGGUUUUCCACCUGUUGGAGGAGCCCUUGGGGCUGAGAGAGGGGGGAUCCCAGCCCAGCUGAGGUUUCCUGCAGCCCCUUUGUCUGCAGCUGCUGGAGUAGUCCCAGGGUCUCCCCGGCUGGGCCUGGGAAGGCCCUAGGGGGCUGGGAGCUGUUGCCUGAGUUCUGUCCCCUCCCUCUCCAUCAGGCACUUUAUCGCUGCACUUCAGUGGGGUGGGUUUAAUCCCUGCUCUUCUGGAGUCUUGAAGAGAAGACUGGAGGAGGCUGUGGAACGGGUCGUGUCAGGUGGAGGAGACGGAGGCCCGCAGUGAGCCAUCGCACACUGGGGCAAGGGGUGGCGGCCGGCGACUACCCUGGACUUGGUUUUGUAAUGAUUUGUACAGGAAUAAACACACCUAA